GGGGGAGAAAAACUAAACGAAAUAUCGCCAGGAUGAACAACACUUUCCUGAACAUGGCGUCGAUAGGCGACUUCGACCCUCUCAACGCGUCCAUUCCUGCCACCAAAGUUGAAAUCACGGUGUCCUGCAGAAACCUGCUGGACCGGGACACUUUCUCCAAGUCAGACCCAAUUUGUGUCCUCUACACACAAGGCAUGGGCAACAAGGAGUGGAGAGAGUUUGGAAGAACGGAGGUCAUCGACAACACGCUAAACCCGGACUUUGUGCGGAAAUUCAUUUUGGAUUACUUCUUUGAAGAGCGGCAAAACAUCAGAUUCGACUUGUAUGAUGUUGACUCAAAGAGUGCCAACCUGUCCAAACACGAUUUCCUGGGCCAGGCCUACUGUACUCUUGGAGAGGUGGUGGGAUCGUUGGGCAGUCGAAUGGAAAAACCCCUUGGGGGCAUCCCAGGCAAGAAAUGCGGGACCAUUAUCGUGAAAGCGGAGGAGCUGAACAACUGCAGGGAAUCAGUCAUGAUGCAAUUCUGUGGAAACAAGUUGGACAAAAAAGAUUUCUUCGGCAAGUCCGACCCUUUCCUGGUCUUCUACCGGAGCAACGAGGACGGCACGUUUACCAUCUCCCACAAGACGGAGGUGAAAAAGAACACGCUGAACCCCGUGUGGCAGGCCUUUAAGAUCCCCGUGCGGGCUCUUUGCAACGGCGAUUACGACAGAACAAUAAAGGUUGAAGUUUAUGACUGGGACAGAGACGGCGGUCACGAUUUCAUCGGAGAGUUCAGCACGAGCUACAGAGAGCUGUCCAGAGGGCAGAGCCAGUUUAACGUCUAUGAGGUGGUGAAUCCAAAGAAGAAAGGAAAGAAAAAAAACUACCUCAACUCUGGAACGGUCACGCUGCUGUCGUUCCUGGUGGACAUCGAAGUCACCUUCCUGGACUACAUCAAAGGAGGGACCCAGAUUAACUUCACCGUGGCCAUUGAUUUCACCGCUUCCAACGGUAACCCAGCCCAGCCCACCUCUCUCCACUACAUGAGCCCCUACCAGCUGAACGCCUACGCCAUGGCCCUGAAGGCGGUGGGGGAGAUCAUUCAGGACUACGACAGCGACAAGAUGUUCCCCGCUCUGGGCUUCGGAGCCAGACUGCCGCCUGAUGGACGGGUGUCCCACGAGUUUGCUUUGAACGGGAACCCCCAGAACCCGUACUGCACAGGGAUCGAGGGCGUGAUGGAGGCGUACUACCAGAGUCUGAAGUCCGUUCAACUCCACGGACCCACCAACUUCUCCCCCGUCAUCAACCACGUGGCCAGGUAUGCAGCGUCAGUGAAGGACGGCUCUCAGUACUUUGUGCUUCUCAUCAUCACGGACGGCGUCAUCUCCGACAUGGCCCAGACCAAGGAGUCCAUCGUCAACGCCGCCUGUCUGCCCAUGUCCAUCAUCAUCGUGGGGGUGGGGCCGGCAGAAUUCGAUGCGAUGGUUGAGUUGGAUGGCGAUGAAGUCAGAAUCUCCUCCAGAGGAAGAUACGCCGAGAGAGACAUUGUACAGUUUGUCCCGUUCAGGGACUACAUCGACCGGACGGGGAACCACAUCCUCAGCAUGGCCCGGCUCGCCAAAGACGUCCUGGCCGAGAUCCCCGACCAGUUCCUGUCCUACAUGCGGACCCGCGGGAUCAAGCCCUCCCCGGCCCCGCCCCCCUACACGCCACCAGUGGGCCAGCCCCUCCAGACCCAGAUAUAAGGAGCGGGGCGGGGGGGGAAAAGGUUUCAGAGUCGGGUGUUCGCUGGACUUAAAGCGCGAAAUACUUCCAUUUCCUUAAAAGCGCUCGCCAUGCCUUGAGGAACUCGGUGGUCUUUGUUCAGGAAGCUGCAUGCCGGGCCGGGAGGGAGACCAUCCUGAAGGCGGGAGGAGCCAACAAGCGUCUGUUUACUUCCACUGUCAAGCAUUCCUGUUAACGUCUGGAUUUUUAUUACCAUUUUGUUAUUGGCCUGGCGAACCUGGAACAGCUUGGGGGUUGAAGUUCGAGCGUCUUCAUUUCAGGCUUUGAAGAAAAAAAGAAGGAAAAACGAAGCGACGAAGGACAGCUUUUUGGAAACGCUGUAAAGAGAAUGUCUCCAGACGAACAGAGGAAUCACUUGAUCUUAAAUGAAGACUAAGUUUUCCUGUAAAUAACUGGACUAAUGUAACUUCUACUUCUACUUCUUUCUCUUUCUAUCUUUAUCUCUCCAGCUCACCCACUGUUUACAGUAAACUCUUAAAGAUUUUUACUGUUGAUACUUUUAUAUACACAUAGCUUGUAAUACUCUCUCUCUCUCUGUCUCUCUCCUCUCUCUGUCUCUCUCUCUCUCUCUCUCUCCUGGCGUCUGUCAGGUAGCAGUGCAGGUCCUGGUAGCCCCUCUGUACCGUACCGUACCGUGCCGUACCGUACUGUACUGUAUUCUGGUGUUUGUAAUAACCUUUUUGCAUGAGUGUAGCCUCAGUCCAGUGCAUGCAUUUAGUGGCCCUGCACUACCUCUUCUGCCCAUCCGCCCGCCUGCUGGGGGUGAGAGUCCGUCUGCCCGUAGCCACCCACCACAUCUGUCCCAUCCGUCUUCCCGUCUGUAUGCCCAUCCCUCGUUUCUUUUAACCGCUUUUGUUUUUGCUGCGUUUCCAUCCAUCAGUUAUCAAGAAGCCCAAUUCAGUUUUCAAUUUAUAUGCUAAUCAUGAAAGGAGAGGAUUUUUUUUUUUCGUAGCAGAAAUGUGACGGACGGCCUACUUCUUUCGCUCAUAUUCAUUCAGAACAAUUACAAUAAGAAGCAACAGCUCCUACUAGCGGUCCGAAGUUCCCGGCUGAAUGGAAACGCAGCUUCCCUCCGUCUCCUUUGCUGUAUUUCUGUGUGCUGCGCCCGGGCGUCACGUCGCCCGCGUGCUCGGCCUUUUCACGUCGUCACGCGCCGCCCCAUGUUAAAAAAAAUUAACAAAAAAACAAAACAAAAAAAAAAAAGACGACAGCAGCUGCUCUCAAACAAAAAUGCUGUUUGAGCAAAAAGAGCCCAGUGGUCAAAAACGCAUAGAAGAAAAACACACUUUCUUUCCCUUUGGUUUGCUUUUGUGUGUGUGUGUGUGUGUGUGUGUGUGUGUGUGUGUGUGUGUGUAGCUUUCAUAUGUUGUCGAAGAACGACUUCUGUCCAAGUCUUGUGCUCUGGUGGUGAAUGAGGGAUGGAUCAGUGUGAACAGAUUUAACUGUGAAUGUUUGUAUGAAUGGAAGUUUUAACUGCAGCAUUUUACUUUUUUUUUUUUUUUUUUUUGUAUAGUGAGUGAGUUAUCGUAAUGUGAAUCCUUAAAAAAAAAAAAAAUCACCACAAUCUUUCUUUUUUCAUGUAAUAUCAGUCUUCCGAGUGACCGUCUUGGAUUUUGUUUGUUUCUCUCUGAUGCACCCAGAAACUGGUGCAGAUUUAUUUAAACUUUAAAAACCAGUCAAAAAUAGUUGUAGCUGUAAAUAUUCAUGCUAGAGUCUUAAAAUUUGGAGUCGUUCGACCAGAGGAUUGGUAAAUUCCAUUCACAGUUUACAGAUAUCAAAAUGGCUCAAAUCAUUUUGGAAGAUUUAUUGCCCUGAAAUUGAAUAAUUCCCUCUUAGCUUGCAAAUGAUAAAUAUAUUAUUAUUACUAUGUUUUGUAAAAUCUGAAGCAAAUACAAAAUAGUCAGCUGGAAGAAAAAAAUUUAAUCUCAAAUUGUUCUACUCAUCCAAGUUACAGAGUUAAUCAACUGAAGACGCCGCAGCAGAGAUUACAUUCUGUUUUUAUUUCAUUCAGUUAAUGAUACCAGCAGUAAUAUUAGUGGUAACUGAGCAGGAGCUCCAAAAAUACCCGAAAUGUGUAUCUAGCUUAAAAAAAAGAGCAUUUUGUUCUGUUACUCCUUGUGUAACUCAUUCUAAUGUUUUCGUAAAGCCCUGCUCAUUCUUGGAGGUGAACAGCAGAACUCCUGAAAUUGAAGCCAAAACAUUGUGAUCGCCCCCUGGUGGAUGUUCCUCGCGGGACUUUAGCGAAUUUAGCAAGAUGAAGAUCAAAACAGAUUUUUAACAGCCGUAUUUUCUUAUAAAGUUUCUUUUUUUUAUUUAUUUUAACAAGAUUGUUUAGGUUGUAUCAACCAUCUUCACACUCUAUCUCCACCAGAUCAAGUGUUAGUGUUAAAAAUCGUAGUCAAAUAUCGGCCACAGUGUGUGAUUAUCCAUCUUUUUUCGUAGAAGUUGGCAUGCUAAGCAAGUCAUUUUGUCUGUGCGCUCGUAUAUUAUCAGGUUUUCCUUUUAGUAAGUUACCUGAGACCUUGUUUGAACAACGUUGCCAAAUGAAAACAGAAAUCUUUCAUUGCAGUUUGUGUGCGUUUACAUGACGGUACUACUGAAACUCAACUUUUUUUUAAAAUACUCCGAAUCUGUGUCCGAGGAAAAACAUCACAGCUUAUUGAUAGGUAUAGACAUUGUUUUCUAAAUAUUAUCGUGGAAACGCAAAAUUUUUCUGAAACGAAACACAAAAACGAUCUCAUCAGAAUAUAAAGGACAUAAAUAUGAAACAUAUUUUUUUUAUGAUUUAUUGCGUUUAAUGCGGUAAAUUCUUUCCUCUUGGAAAGCGGAUUGGAGUUGAUUGGAAGUUUUCCUGUGGUACCAUCAGAUAAGCUCGCGGCGCCGGCGGUUGAGGCCGGUUUCUCGUCCCCACGGCGCACUGAACUGCCGCUUUCUGCUGCUCGUGAAAUUGAUUUGUGGAGGGAGGAAUGUUAAAUUGUCUCACUUUUAAUGGUUCAAGUGGAACAAAAGGGAAAUUACCUCCUUGACUCGUCUCCCUAUGCCUCCCGUUUUUAUGCUUUCGCCCUUUUUAUUCCCACCUAAUUGGUGGACCCGGGCCCUCGUCACACCGUUUGAACAACAGAUUAUUCCACAGUAAAGUAUCGAAUCUUGUCUUUUUAAAUGUAAUACUUUGAUAGUACAGAAGAUUUUAAAUUAGCAGUUUAUUUGAAAUAAAGUUUAAGAUUUAAUAGCUCAACCUGAAUCCGAUCAAUCUGACCACAUUAUGUUUCGUUCAUUAUAAUAAACUUUUCAAAGACCCAGUGAAACAACGUCCCAGGACUAUUAGAUUUACAUAAAUCAGUUUUCUUAAGAGACCCGCAAAGUUGCAUAUGCGUUAUUACAUUUGAAUGUUUAAUGAGAAAACACCCGCGAGUGCAGAGGAUGACUCAUCCGAGGGUUGACACCAUUUAACAGGGAGAGAAAAGAGGAGAACUUAAUGUGAGAUUGCUCCAAAAUUAAGUUUUUGGAUAAUUAUUCAACCCCCUGGUGACGUUUCCGAGGAAGCGACUGGGCUUCAAUUAUCAGCUGUGGCGCCCUCAAGUCGCAUAAAGUAUUAUAAAACCUGAAUGGAUGGGCAAUUAUCUGUCAAAAAUGAGACAAUAAAAGAGCAAUUAGACUAUAAACUAUACUAUAACUAUAAACUGGGGAUUUGUAUUUUUCAGUUGACUAUUUCUUUUUGGUUCAUAUGCAAUGUUUUUUUUGUUUUCUUUUCUUUUUUGUGGAUUCAGUAUCAAAAGUCAUCGUUAGAGUUUGCAGCUCUGCAGCUUUGUGCCUCCGUCUUCAAGGUGCUUUCAUAUAAAUCAACCUUUUCUUCUGUAACGUGUUUUAAUACUGUCACAGUAUUUGCUCAGUACUCAGACGUGCAACAUGAUCGCCACAAAAGCAACACAUUUUUUUACAUUGUGGUGGAUUUUCAAAGAAUUAUCGCUUCAACAUGAUAUCAUAUUCACAUUUCUGUGAACCAUAAUCGUACCAGAAUCCAGGGAAAUAGAGCUUUGUGCCAUAUACUUAUCAUUAUUGUAAAAAGAGCGUUGCAGUACUGUCAAACACACACACUUAAUAUUAAAAGUAGAAGUUAAAGUAGAGUCAGAAGCACUCAGUGCACAUUUUCUUCAAACCUAAAAUCCAGAAGAUAGUAUAAUUCUGACUAAUUCCAAACAUUAACUCAAUAUUUUGCAGAUAAAUCAGGUUCAACGUCAAACAUUGAAGUAAUUUCAAUUUAUUUUACUUGUAGCAUCUAUUUGUUUUCCAUUAGUAUUUACUUUUUUUUAGCAGAGAUAACAAUUCCUGAGCGUUCUUCGCUUGUUUCAGCUCAUAAACAAACUGACACCAGACGGCACGGCCUUUUAUUCUGCUCUGCUUCAGAUGGACUAAACCUAAAUUACCAACUUUGCCAAACCCCAUGAAGCCACAAGUGUGUUUGUGUGUGCGCAUGUUUUUGAUAUAAGUACACUUUGUGUGUGUCUGGGCGUGUGAGAGUGUCUGUGGUGUGCCCGUGCGGCACCUCUGUAAGGGUGUUUUCUUAGACCAUGUGAGAUGUUCACACACGUCAGAUCUUUGUUUACUAAAGAUAUCCAAAUAAUAUAUUGUAUGCUCGUCAUAUCUUCUGAACAAUGUGCACUAUGUUUGCAUGUACAGUUUUACAAAGGAGGCACCAGUUCCUUUUGUUGA